GAGCUUCACAAUUCAGCGAUGCCCAGUGAUGAAGGACAGCGCGCUCUCUUGGCUGACCAGAAAGGCCCCGAUGGGCCGGAAUCGCAGUCACUUCUUUCCGAGUCGCCGACACAAGACUUCGAGCUUGUGAACCAUGCGGCCCCGACUAGCUCGACUCCCCGCGGACAGCCGCACCAGUCUUCCAUAUCACAGCCGGUACCAGAAGGACAGCGCCGCACUCCUCGAACGAUGAACCGAGUUCGCUUUGACCUGGACGACGAGACCGAGGAUGAAGACCACCCCAAUGGUCGUCGCGACUCCGGAGACUCAUGGCUGGAGGAAGAGGACUAUGGCCGUGCAGACCGCAACCGGUCAGCCAGGCAAAUGGUCCCUCUGCUGACAGACAUUGAGGCCCCGAGCGUGACCCUGGCUACUUCCGAUGAAUUCUUUCCCGAAGAACACCUAGAAAGUGCGAGGCCGAGGAGUGGGAUGCGCAUGGCCUUUAUGAACAUGGCCAAUAGCAUUAUAGGAGCUGGUAUAAUAGGACAGCCUUAUGCCCUCCGACAGGCUGGCAUGUUCAUGGGAAUAACACUCCUGAUUGUCCUCACUAUUGCGGUUGAUUGGACAAUUCGCCUGAUAGUGGUCAAUUCGAAGUUGAGCGGGGCGGACUCUUUCCAGGCAACAAUGCAGCAUUGUUUUGGCAAGAGUGGACUUAUCGCCAUAUCGGUUGCGCAGUGGGCGUUUGCGUUUGGCGGCAUGAUUGCGUUCUGUAUUAUCGUUGGAGAUACCAUACCGCAUGUCUUGAGUGCUUUAUUCCCUUCCCUUCGUGAUAUGUCGUUCCUCUGGCUUUUGACCGACAGACGCGCUAUCAUUGUUCUUCUUGUUCUCGGAAUUUCGUAUCCCCUGUCUCUGUACCGAGACAUUGCUAAGUUGGGAAAAGCGUCGACCUUCGCGUUGGUCAGUAUGAUAGUCAUUGUGGUAGCUGUGAUCACGCAGGGAUUUCGCGUACCUCCAGAAUCACGCGGGGAAGUGAAGAGCCUGCUCCUGGUUAAUGAUGGCUUCUUCCAGGCUGUUGGAGUGAUAUCAUUUGCAUUCGUAUGCCAUCACAAUAGCCUUCUGAUCUACGGUUCAUUGAAGAAACCGACCAUGGACCGAUUUGCAAGGGUAACCCACUACUCGACUGGUGUAUCACUCUUGAUGUGUCUAGCUAUGGGCAUCUUUGGUUUCCUUUUCUUUGGAUCACAGACUCAAGGUAACGUCUUGAACAAUUUCCCAUCCGACAAUAUUCUGGUCAAUAUCGCACGACUAUGCUUUGGCCUAAACAUGCUCACUACCUUGCCGCUCGAAGCAUUUGUAUGUCGGUCGGUGAUGACAACUUACUACUUCCCUGACGAGCCUUUCAACAUGAACCGACACCUGAUAUUCACAUCGGCACUGGUCGUGUCCGCUAUGGCUAUGGCUCUGAUAACGUGCGACCUAGGUGCAGUAUUCGAACUGAUUGGUGCAACCAGCGCUGCUGCACUGGCCUAUAUCUUUCCGCCUCUUUGCUAUAUCAAGCUGAGCAAUGCGUCGCACAAAGCCAAGAUCCCCUCAUAUUUGUGCAUUGUAUUCGGCAUAACUGUUAUGGGAGUCAGCCUGUUGCAGGCAGUGAUGAAGAUGAUAAGUAAUGAAGGCGGCGCGAGCACCUGCAGUGCUUAGCGUAAAAAUAUUCCUAUUCGGUCUCUGAGCAUAAUGAAGCUCACUUCCCAUCUGAUAGAUUUCAUUUCUUUCUGGCUGCCUCGAUAUAAAUGUACAUACUGUCGUGCGCCAUCACGUUUCUAUAACCAAUUUUUGCCUCUUCCGUAUAAA